AUGCAGCCUCCUACAGGCAUCGACCUGCUUACCAACCCCAAGCUCACCGCAACCAACGCGCCAAUCCAUCUCCAAGUUGGCGAACGCCGUUUUACCACCACCCGCUCCACCCUCACCGAAGAAAGCGACUUUUUCGCGGCGCUGCUCUCCGGGCGCUGGGACAACGCGCUCGCAGACGGCUCCCAUUUCAUUGACGCCGACCCCGCCCUGUUCGAGCACAUCUUGGCCUACCUCCGCCGCGGCGUCUUCCCGCUCUUCUUCGACGCGGCAAAAGGCCACGACCACCACCGCUACCUCUCGCUCCUCGAAGAAGCGCGCUACUUUCGGAUCCCCCGUCUCGAAGCCUGGCUCAGCGAGAAGCGUUACCUGAAGGCGGUGCAGGUCUCGGUUACGGCAAAGGAAUACGACGAAAACAAUCAUGAGUGGAUGGAAACGACGGGCUCCGCCGACACGACGCUGGAGUACCACCCGCACUGGACGGUCCAGAAAGUGCACCUCUGCCCUAGGGGGUUUAAUAGCCACCGAGGAAAUGCUGAUCUCUGUCAGCGUUAUCGCUGCCGGAACCUAGAUGAUGGAAAACCCCGCUUUGUUGAAGAGCCGUGCAUGCGCGUGCUCGAGGUUAGGAGGGAGGUUGUUUUUAAUCCGGAUGUCUGCGUGGCGCGGGAAGAGGAGGAGCUUAACCGGACACAGGAGGCACUAGCGACUCAGGGCGAACGUGCAUACAGCAACCAGUCCUCUCCCUUCGCCCUGUUUUGA